CCCUUCAUCCCAUUUCACUUUCAACUUCGUCACGAAUCGCCACUGAUUCAACUCGUCACUCAUUAAAUCUCAACAACGAGUUCACACCGAUUCCACUCACUCACCCAACCAUGAGCCGAUUCAGACGAUUCCAUCUCAUCGAAGAAGAACCCUUACCCUUCUUCUGCAACGCACCCUCCUUCUUCGCUGAAACCUUCACCUUCCCUUCCCUCGACCUCGACCUCAUCCACUUCGACGCCGUCACGGAUCUCAUCUGCGUCGAUCCCGCGCCGCCGUCGAUUGUGCACCGGCGAGUUCAGCGACUUGACAGGAGGCAGCUCGAGACCGAGCAAUGCUUGCAGAGCCUCUCCGACCGGGUCGCUGAGCUAGAGACGCGAUUCGAUCGGCUUCUUGUUCCCGGAGGGAAGAGCGGCGGAGAUCGGAAGUACACGUGGACGGCGGAGAUCAAGGGAGCGGAGAAGAAUUGGUUUGACAGGAAGUACAAGUGGGUUGCCGAGGUAGUGGCGGAAGAGGAGAAGAAGAAGAGGGAGAAGAGCAAGUUGAAGAGUGUGGCACUGGCGGCGAAGAACAUCAAGUGGACUGCUGAGAUCAAGGGUAAAGGUGACGAUGCUGGAAGCGUGAGGAAGUACACGUUUGAGGUGGGAAGUGGUGACGCUGAGAAGAAGAAGGAGAAGAAGGGGAAUGUGAAAGAGACGAAGGAGAAGAAGAAAGGAAAUGGAUUGCGCAUUGUGGAGAUUCAAGAACCCAGUGAUGCUACUACUGAUCACAGAGUUGUGGUUUUAAGACAGGCAUUUGCAAAGAGGUUCGGAGCUGUUCAAAACGAGAGGGGGAAAAAGAAGGAGUUAUCUCCUCAAGAUGCUGCAUUGUUGAUCCAGAUCAGCUUUAGAGCGUAUUUGAUCCGUAGGUCUAAGGCUCUUCGUGCCCUCAGAGAACUGGCUGUUGCUAAAUCUAAGUUAAAGGAACUCAGAGCUCAGUUCAACAAUUUUUCCUACCGGCGUCAUGUAGCUCGUGAUGCAGAGGAACGACAGAGGUUUACUGAGAAAAUCAUUGUCUUACUUCUCACUGUUGAUGGCAUUGAGGGAUCUGAUCUGAUGGUAAGAUCUGCAAAGAGGUCAAUGGUGGAUGAGCUGGAAGCAAUGCUUGAUGUGGUGGAUCCCCAGCCUGGUGGAAAAUCACUCUCCUUCAGAAGAAGGACAUUUGACAUGCCUGAUGGAGUCAUUCGAAAGGAAAUUGAAGAAGGUGUUGCACAGGUUGUGCGGAUGCUUGAUGAAGCAGAGAAUAGCAGCGAUGCCUAUUAAGAUGAACGGAGGAAGCUAUAUGUAUCCGCUAAUUUCUUGCCUUCCAUCUGCUGUUGUAGCUUGUUGCUAGGUGUAUGUUAGUCUAAGAUUUCUAAACUAUGCUUUCAUGUUUCAUCUAAUGGCUUUUAUCCUACUGAACUAUUGGCACUUUCUGAAUGAAAAUUGGGCUUUAUGUUUGA